AUGAGAAUUCUGGUCCGUUAUCCCUCAAAAUCCGUUGAUUUCAGGGUACUCCGGUCCGUUAUCCCUGAAAAUCCGUUGGCUUUAGGGUACUCCGAAACGGUUCCGAAAUGGUUCAAGCAUUCUAAACUUGUGUGGGGAUUAUCUGAGCUAAUUUCACAUCUAAGGAAUGAAGAUUGGCCACAAUUUAUGGGGGGUUGGGCAAUUUACAAAUUAGUAAUUUAUACCCUCGUAGGUGGGGGCUAUAAAUUACAAAAAAUGACAUGUGUCACAGGAGGCAGAGAACAGGGAACAGGUGGAACAGGUGGAACAGGUGGAACAGGUGGAACAGGUGGAACAGGUGGAAAAGGAACAAUGGGCUGGUUGGGUUUCAAUAAUGGUCUGAGACAUUUUGCAUGA